UUAAAUUGAAUAUAAUCACAUCAUCUGUGAAUGUGGUAUGGCACGUUGUUUUUUCUUUUACAUGAUAUUUUGAUUGAUUGGUCAACCAGAAUGAAACCGAAUCAAAUUCCCGAUGAAAUAAUCAACGAUCCAAUACUCAAUCAACGGAUCGCUCAAUUCUUACCGGAUAAUUAUAACUUUGAAAUACAUAAAACUAUAUGGCGUAUACGACGUGAUGGUUCGAAACGUGUUUGUUUACAAUUCCCAGAUGGUCUAUUUAUUUUUGCCGUUCCAAUUGUCGAUAUUUUACGUGAAUUCUCCACCGAUGAUGUUGAAUUCAUUAUUAUGGCCGAUGUUGCAUAUGGUGCAUGUUGUGUGGAUGAUAUGAAAGCACGUGAAAUGGAUUGUGAUAUGCUCGUACAUUAUGGCCAUUCAUGUUUAGUGCCAAUCAAUCGUAUGGCAACUGGGAUAUCUGUGUUAUAUGUUUUUGUUGAUAUAAAAUUUGAUCUUUUACAUUUUAUUCAGACGAUUGUAAAAAAUUUUUCGACCACUGAACAUCGAAUAUGUUUAGCAUCUACCAUUCAGUUUAUACGAUCCACACAUAUGGCGGCAAAAGAAUUAAGGGAAAAAUAUUCAUUCAAUGUGCAUAUACCACAAUCACGUCCAUUAACACCGGGUGAAAUUCUUGGCUGUACGGCACCUACGUUAAAAUCGGAUCACGCAAAUACAAUAAUAUUCAUAGCUGAUGGACGUUUUCAUUUGGAAGCAUUAAUGAUUGCUAAUCCCGAAUUGCCAGCAUAUCGUUAUGAUCCAUAUAGUAAAGAUAUGACACGUGAAUAUUAUCAAGUGGAUCAAAUGAUACGACAACGAACAGAAGCAAUCGAACGUUGCGAAAAAGUUUUACGUAUGAAUCAACCCAUUGGAAUCAUAGUCGGAACUCUUGGUCGUCAAGGUAGUCUACGAAUUGUCGACACAUUACAAUCAUUAUUACGGAAAACAUCAAUUCAAUCGCCAGUUUUUUUGUUCACAAUUGCUGAAAUUAAUCCACAAAUGUUACGUGAACUUGGUACGGAUAUCGUCGAAUGCUGGAUACAGAUUGGUUGUCCUCGUUUAUCCAUCGAUUGGGGUGCCAAUUUUAUGGAAAAACCAUUAUUAACACCAUAUGAAUUUCGUACAGCCAUAAAAAAUAUUGAUACAAUGAAUGAAACAAAUUUUAGAAAUCCAUAUCCAAUGGAUUUUUAUGCAACAUCUAGCCUCGGUAAUUGGACACCGAAUCAUAAAUGUCAUGAUCAUUGUAAAUGUGAAAAAUGAUGAUCAAUUCUUUUAUUGUUAUAAUUUAAUUCAGAAUAAAUAAAUUUAUUUUUUAUCA